CCGCCCAAUCGCUCCCUCACCAUCCCUCUGCUGCUGCUUGCAGUCAUUCCUCUGCCUCAUUCUUCCUCCGUACCUCCCAGACUGCUGUCGGCCGGUCUCGGGCGCAUCGCAAGCGGCCAAAAUGAACGCAACCUCCGUUCUGACGCCCAUGGCGCAGGACACGUACUGGGGCUCCUUUGAGGAAAUCUCAAAGUACAAUGUGCAGCUCAACUACCUGGAGAAGAUGUGGAUGGCGUGGUACGCCUGGAUGGGCAACGACGUCCUGGCUACGGGCAUCAUGUCGUUUGUCAUUCACGAGGCCCUCUACUUUGGACGCUCGCUGCCCUGGAUCAUCAUUGACUGCAUACCCUACUUCAACCGCUACAAGAUCCAGCAGCACAAGAUCCCCACUGCUUGGGAGCAAAUGCAAUGCGCUCUCCUCGUCCUCCUCUCCCACUUCACCGUCGAGCUUCCCCAGAUCUGGCUGUUCCACCCCAUGUGCCAGUACUUUGGCCUCGAGACGUCUGUCCCCUUCCCCAGCAUCUACAAGAUAGCAUACCAGCUCGCCAUCUUCUUCGUCUGCGAGGAUGCGUGGCACUACUGGACCCACCGCGCCAUGCACGCCAGCUCUUUCCUGUACAAGAACAUCCACAAGAUCCACCACCAGUACUCGGCUCCCUUUGGUCUCGCCGCCGAGUAUGCCUCGCCCAUUGAGGUCAUGAUUUUGGGUUUCGGAACUGUCGGUGUACCCAUCAUGUGGUGCGCCAUCACCAAGGACCUCCACCUCCUGACCAUGUACAUCUGGAUCGUCGUCCGUCUUUUCCAGGCCAUCGAUGCCCACAGCGGCUACGAGUUCCCCUGGAGCCUGCACCACUUUUUGCCUUUCUGGGCCGGCGCCGAGCACCACGACGUCCACCACGAGAAGUUCAUUGGCAACUACGCUAGCAGCUUCAGGUGGUGGGACUAUGUUCUCGACACCGAGGCUGGCGCAGAGGCCUCCAAGAAGCGCAGAGAGCGCAAGAUGGCCAAGGCCAGGAAGGCGCAGUAAACGAGCAAUGGCGUUGUAAUGUGUAUUGAGGCGUCGGUCGUGGCUGAUUACCCUACCCGCCAGUUUCGAUGUAGGGCUGGCAUGAAAAUGGCGUUUGGGUAAAUGGAAAACGCAGCUAUGCAUUUUGGCAAUAGACAGUACAAAACCCGAGUAAUGGCAUGAUUGUUGGCUGUAAAUAGGAGUCGGGGCAUGCUAGGACAUAUAUAAUUAAUAUCAUCACGGUCGUUAUGUU